AUGGCGGACAAAUAUGUUGGAAGUUUACUAAACCGCAUUGCGUUGCCUGGCGAUGUUAUCAGUAGUGUAGCUGAUUUGGAAGGAAGUCUCGAAGGGAAAAACAAAGUUAAGCUCGGUCCAGGCUUAAGAGAAGUAAAUGGUGCGAUCGUGGCCUACAAAGCGGGAGUUUUUAGACAUCGAAACCCGUCAAUCCACUUGAUCGAUUGCAAUCAAAGAAGGGCUAGUAUCUUUAACUCUGCAUCACCUUGCCCGGCGACGUUCUCUCAUAGACUGCUCAGCAAAGAAUUUGUUCUUCUAAAAUGUCUUGGAAAGCACUUUCUAUUUGAUUGCACUGUGGGAAUGAAUGGGAGAGUGUGGAUCAAUUCAUCAUCAAUACCCCAUACGAUUACUGUUGCCAAUGCUGUGUCGAACUCUGAAUACAUGAACAACAAUCAAAUUGAGACAAUGGUGUAACAGCUUUUGAAAGGAAUACAGUCAUAAGAACAGCAUAAAUCUUAUCCUCUGAGUAAUUUUCUUGAAUUUAUUGAUGGAAAGAACAAGGAAACAAAAAA